GAUUGUGCAGCACCUCAACAGCCAGAAUACCUGUUGGACUCCCUCUGCCAUACUGAGUGGUGGUCGUACUCGCCCCCUCCCUAGACCUGCUGACUACUAUCCAUUUUCUGACAUCCCUUCUGAAGGUACACUUCCCCACAUAGCACAGGGAGCUCUCCCUCCCAAGCUGUGCUUUCGCUAUCACCCCACAUCAGGAUAUAUCUAUGAUGAAGGCAAGAACAUAAUGCAGGAGAUGGAGUCCGACCAAUUUUUGUAUUGACGGAAGGACCAGUUUUAUUAUCCAUUUCAGGAUUGCGGGGAAUGGGAGCUUGCAAAAUUCAUGUGCAAAUGCUUGAUGCAGUCUCAAAUGGUCUGUUUCUUGAAACUUGAGUGGCUGAUUACAUGGCUCAAAUGGUUGCCCAGUGGACCCAGUUGGAAGCACGAGUUCCACUUACUCGGUUACAAAUCUACCCCAAUACACUUGAUCUACAGAGACGCUCUUGAAGUCGCGCAGCAUAUCUUUGCGAACCCGGUUUUUGCACAGCAUAUGAU